AUGCCAGAGUCCUCGCAACCCGCCCUCACCGAAACCAGCGCGCGCUCGCAUAUCCCGGCGUCGAGGAACCCGCUGUUCCUUUUCUCGGAUGAUAUUCUGCCUUCGUCGGAUGGGCCACGGGCUUGUGAGGGUGCGGAGGAGGAUCCGAUUGUCUUUACUUCGUCGGCUCCGGGGCCGGAGAGUGUGGCUCGGGUGAGGGAGGGGGGAGGACGCGAGGCGGAUACGAUUACGAUUGAUGAUGACGAUGAUGAUGAUUAUGAUUUCGUUGGUGGGAAUGGAGGUGUUAGGAGGGGAGAUGCGCGCGAUGAGAUCGAGGGGUUUAGUGACGAGAUCAGGAUGCCUGAUUUGCAUGAGUUGCUUGGGUUGGAUGCUACGGCGAAUAAGCGGCCUGGGUUAUCGAGUCGGACGGCGAGUUUGCUGGCGAGUCUUGAUCGGUCGAAGUCGGGGUCUGGUGGAGGAGUGGCGUCGGGUCGGAGGGGGCGUGUUGAUAAGGAUGAGGAGGUGGAUGAGGUGGAGGAAGUGGUUCCGUCUCGGAAGACUAAGGCACCGCGGAGGACGGCUACGAAGCCUACGAUGCAGCGUGAGCGGGAGAAACAGCUAGAGAAGGAGCGGAAGCAGAAGGCCAAGGAGGAGAAAGCGCGGGAGAAACAACUUGCGGCUGAUCUUGCGGAGGUGAAUAAGCUGAAGGUGGAUAAGAAGGAAUCAACGCCGGAGAUGAUCAUCGAUCUUGCACGGGAAUUCGAGGGAACGAGCGUGGGCAAUCAGGCGGUUGAGUUCAUGAAACGGCUCAAGGUCGAGCAGACGUUUUUCGACAGCGAGAUUCCGAAUGUCGUCAAGUGGCGGCGGAAGGUCACGGCCAGAUACAACGAUAACCUAGGCUACUGGGAACCAUGUCCGUUUCAUAUCCGCGGAGAGGAACACGUUCUUGUUCUCUUAACGGCGCCAGAAUUCGUCGAUAUGGUGGUAGCCACCUCACCUAACACAAACGACCUCGAUCACCACGUCCACCGACUCAAAUCUGCCUACCCCACUAGUACACCAAUCUACCUAAUCGAGGGUCUCACAGCCUGGAUGCGCAAGAGCCAAAACUCCCGAAAUAGAGCCUACCAAGCCGAAGUCCGCCGCCAAUACUCACAAUCCCAACCCCAAGACCAACCCACUACCACCACCAAUCCCCGCCGCAAGAAAACAACAGCCAACAAGCCCGAAACAACGCCCUCAGUCAACGAUGACACAAUCGAAGACGCGCUCCUAUCCCUCCAAGUCACGCACUCCUGUCUCAUCCACCACACCACCGCAGCGCCCGAAUCAGCCGAAUGGAUCAAAAACUUCACAGAACACAUCUCGACCGUCCCCUACCGCCGCGAAAGAAUGGAAGGCAAUGACUCCGCCUUCUGCAUGGACGGAGGCCAGGUCAAACCCGGCGAAAACAAAUCCGAUACCUUCAUCAAAAUGCUCCAGGAAGUAACCCGUGUCACAGCAUCCAUGGCAUACGGCAUUACGACUCAAUACCCAAGUGCUGUCGAUCUAGUCCGCGGAAUGCGAAGACAUGGCCCGGCCAUGUUGGAGGAUGUAAAGAAAUCUGCAGACAGAAACGGCACACUAACAGAUUCUCGUAUCGGACCUGCAGCAAGUAAACGGCUUUACAGGGUCUUUAUGGGUCUUGAUCCGUCUGCGACUGAUAUCUGA